UUAUUUGUGGCGGAAGCCGUCAGUCUGGUAUCGGUUGACGCGCGCUGCUUGUUGCCGGAUUGAUUAUAAGGAGGUGGCUGUGAGGCAACGCGGGACAAAGUGAAACAUGCUUCCAUUAUCUUUAUUGAAAACUGCUCAGAAUCACCCUAUGUUGGUGGAAUUAAAGAAUGGAGAAACCUACAAUGGUCACCUGGUGAGCUGUGACAACUGGAUGAACAUAAAUCUGAGAGAAGUUAUUUGUACCUCUAGGGAUGGUGAUAAAUUCUGGCGGAUGCCGGAGUGUUACAUACGUGGUAGCACUAUAAAAUACUUGCGCAUUCCUGAUGAAAUCAUUGAUAUGGUGAAGGAGGAAGUUAUGUCAAAGGGCAGAGGUCGUGGAGGGAUGCAGCAACAGAAACAGAUGAAGGGUAGAGGAGCUGGAGGUGCUGGACGAGGUGUCUUUGGAGGAAGAGGGAGAGGAAUUCCUGGUGGUGGCAGGGGACAGCAGGAGAAGAAGCCAGGCAGGCAAGCUGGAAAGCAGUAAUGUUAUGACUGUUCUUCCUCAUUCUAGAAAAGGCUACACACUGUCUGCCAAGUAUUUAAAGAGUUAAUUCUCCAAAUUUUCAAAAAACCCAUGAUGUCAAAAGUACUUUUUUUUUUUUUUUGUCAUUGCUCUCCCUAUCUCUGAAAUGGUAGUUUUCAACCAGCCUGAGGGACGCAUACUACUUCUAAGAGCAGAGACAGUCCAGAACCAGAUAUAAGACAAAUGCCCUCCCCCUCCACUUCUGUUUCUGGGAGGUCUUCUCGUGCGAAGGAACUUAUGGCACUGGAGAAGCAUUAGACAGUUUACCAUUCUCAAGCAGCAGGAUUGUUGGAGUAACUAUUGUGCCAUGGUACACAUCACUUGGAAAAACUGUGCAGCAUGUAUUUUUGUUGAAGCAUGGGUUUGUUUUGUUUAAAUUUGCCACACAACAGGAGUCAUUAACUACAGGUAACAUGUCCUGACAAUGUGUUGCAGAUCCCUUUUAGCUGUGUAUGUGAAAUAAUUUGCAGUAUGACUAUAUCAAGAACAAAAUGCAUAGUGGCCAGAGAUGUUUGUUUGUUUUUAUUUCUCUAUGAACUUGGCAGCAAGACCUGAUUAAGGGAUUUUCAAGUGUUAUGCACCCAUUGUAACGUAAUAUCCGCUAGAAAA